AUGGCAGCAGUCGACUGCCCCAUCUGCAACAAGCCCGUCAAGGAGACGCUGAUCAACUCCCACAUCGACUCGGGCUGUGAGAACCACAUCUUCAACCCCGAACGUACCUCUUCCCCUCCGACAGCAACCCAGGCCAACGGCAAUUCGGCUCUCUCGUCUCAAUCCAAACGCCCCGCAUCUUCCUUCUUCCAGACCCCCGCCGCGAAGCGCCAUGCCCCUCCGACCAAAGUCCUCACUACGCCCGCUAACGGCGGCACAGCCCGUCCGACGGCCGGCGUAAAACGCAGCUUCGACGACGGCCCCGGCGCCGCGCCCUCUCCCUUUGCGAUGACCAGCACCACCGACACAGACAGCGACGCGGCCCAGCAGCCGCCGGAAACUGGCCCCGUGGCCAAGCGCACAAAGACGGCCCGCGCCGCCCCUCUGGCGGAGCGCAUGCGGCCUAAAACCCUCGAUGAGGUCUGCGGCCAGGACCUCGUCGGCCCAAACGGCGUGCUGCGCUCGCUGAUUGAGUCGGACCGCGUGCCCUCCAUGAUCCUAUGGGGCGGCUCCGGCACGGGCAAGACGACCAUUGCGCGGUGCAUUGCCCAGAGCGUCGGCUCGCGCUUCAUCGAGAUGAACGCCACCUCCUCGGGCGUCGCAGAAUGCAAGAAGCUGUUCGCCGAUGCGGCCAACGAGUCGGCGCUCACGGGGCGCAAGACCAUCAUAUUCUGCGACGAAAUACACCGCUUCUCCAAGUCGCAGCAGGACGUCUUCCUGAAGCCGGUGGAGGCGGGCACGAUCACGCUCAUCGGGGCAACGACGGAGAACCCGAGCUUCAGGGUGCAGCAGGCGCUGCUGUCGCGGUGUAGGACGUUCACGCUGUCGAAGCUCUCGAACGAGGACGUGGCGAGGAUACUGCUGCGUGCGAUCGAGGAGGAGACGAGGGCGAAGAAUUACCCGGGAAGCCCGCUCAUCGACGCCGAGCUCGUGACGUACCUUGCCGCUUUUUCGGACGGCGACGCCCGCACGGCGCUGAACCUCCUGGAGCUUGCGCUAUCGCUUUCGACGAGGCAGGGGAUCACGAAGGAGGACAUCAAAGCCUCGCUAACCAAGACCUUGGUAUACGACCGCGCGGGCGACCAGCACUACGACACCAUCUCGGCGUUUCACAAGGCCGUCCGGGGCUCCGACCCUGACGCCGCGCUAUACUACCUAGCGCGCAUGCUACAGUCCGGCGAGGACCCACUCUUCGUUGCGCGACGGAUGGUGGUCAUCGCCUCGGAAGACGUCGGCCUGGCGGACAACACACUGCUGCCGCUUGCGACGGCGGCGUACACAGCCGCGCAGCAGAUCGGCAUGCCCGAAGCGCGGAUCCCGCUGGCCCACUGCGCCGUGGCGCUGAGUCUUGCGCCGAAGAGCACGCGGGCGUACCGGGGUCUGAACAACGCCUACGCGGCGCUGAAGGAGCCGGGCGUGGCGGCGUUGCCGGUGCCGCUGCACCUGCGGAACGCGCCGACGCGGCUGAUGCGGGAGAUGGGGUACGGCGCGGAGUACAAGUACCCGCCAAACUAUAGGGAGGGGAGGGUCAGGCAGGAGUAUUUGCCGGAUGACCUCGUCGGGCGGCGAUUUUUGGAGGACAGGGAUUUGGGGACGGAGGUUGACCCGGAUUUGGAGAUGGAAACGGAGUCGUGA